AUGGGUGGUGGUGGGAAUCUCGUCGACGGUGUUCGUCGAUGGCUUUUUCAGCGACAUCCUUCUCCUUCUUCUUCUUCUUCCAAUAGUCCCCAACCCAUUCUAAAUUCCUCUACUUUCUCUAACCCCGAUCAAUCCGGUAACGCCGGAGAUUCGAAUGAGCUUAUUGUUAUUGAGGAUCUCGAUUUUUCUGGGUUAAAGCUUAUUAAAGUUCCAAUUCCAAAACGUAUUCACGUAUCUAUGGAUCCUCAUAAGAAGGAUACUGAAUUCUUCACGGAGUAUGGAGAAGCAAACAGGUACCAGAUUCAAGAGGUCGUUGGCAAAGGAAGCUACGGUGUUGUGGCUUCUGCUGUAGACUCACACACUGGAGAAAAAGUUGCGAUCAAGAAGAUUAACGACGUGUUUGAGCAUGUCUCCGAUGCAACUAGGAUCCUCAGAGAGAUCAAAUUGCUUCGGCUGCUUAAACAUCCAGAUGUUGUGGAGAUUAAACACAUCAUGCUGCCUCCUUCCCGCAGAGAAUUCAGAGAUAUUUACGUUGUGUUCGAGCUGAUGGAGUCUGAUCUUCAUCAAGUGAUCAAGGCCAACGAUGAUCUAACUCCUGAGCAUUAUCAGUUUUUCUUGUACCAGCUUCUCCGUGGUCUGAAAUAUGUUCAUGCAGCUAAUGUGUUUCAUCGGGAUUUGAAGCCAAAGAACAUCCUAGCUAAUGCUGAUUGCAAACUGAAGAUCUGUGAUUUUGGGCUCGCUCGUGUUUCUUUCAACGACGCCCCAACCGCUAUAUUUUGGACUGAUUAUGUAGCUACUCGGUGGUAUCGUGCCCCUGAACUCUGUGGAUCGUUUUUCUCCAAAUAUACUCCUGCGAUUGAUAUAUGGAGUGUCGGCUGCAUAUUUGCGGAAAUGCUUUUGGGUAAGCCUUUGUUUCCGGGGAAAAACGUGGUGCACCAGUUGGAUCUUAUGACUGAUUUUCUUGGAACUCCACCUCCCGAGUCGAUAGCAAGGAUUAGAAAUGAAAAGGCGAGGAGAUAUCUUAGCAGCAUGAGGAAAAAACAGCAAGUCCCUUUCUCUCAUAAGUUCCCUAAAGCUGAUCCUUUGGCUCUCCGCCUUCUUGAACGCCUGCUUGCCUUUGAUCCGAAAGAUCGUGCAUCAGCUGAAGAUGCACUAGCUGAUCCAUACUUCAGUGGCUUGUCAAAUUCAGAGCGUGAACCAUCAACGCAGCCAAUUUCAAAGCUUGAAUUUGAUUUUGAGAGAAAGAAGUUAACUAAAGAUGAUGUCAGAGAAUUAAUUUACCGUGAGAUAUUGGAAUAUCAUCCUCAGAUGUUGGAGGAAUACCUUCGCGGUGGUGAUCAGCUUAGCUUCAUGUACCCUAGUGGGGUUGAUCGAUUCAAGAGGCAAUUUGCUCAUCUUGAAGAGAGUCAAGGUAAACCAGGAGCAGCAGCAGGAGGAGGAAGAAGUACUGCACUUCACAGACAUCAUGCUUCCUUGCCAAGAGAGAGAGUUCCUGCUCCGAAUGGUGAAGCUGCAGAAGAAAGCAGUGAUGUUGAGAGAAGAGCAGCAGCUGCUGUGGCUUCAACCUUGGAAUCUGAGGAAGCAGACAAUGGAGGAGGUUACAGUGCUCGUAACCUCAUGAAGAGCGCGAGCAUCAGCGGUUCUAAAUGCAUUGGUGUCCAAUCAAAAACUGAUAAAGAGGACACCAUAGCUGAGGAAGAAGAUGAUGAGACAGUUGCAGAGCUUGCUGAUAGAGUUGCUUCUCUUCCUAAUUAA